CGCACCGUGCCAGCCGCCUGCCUGCGCCCCGUCCGCGGGACGCCGGGGACCCUAGGAGCCCAGGGAAGCAGCCUCGCACUCCAAGCCAUGUUGGGACUGUGAGCGAGGCCCGGCCACCCGCGGCCCUGCCCAGCGGCCUCACGAUGCUGAGCCUGAAGCUGCCCAGGCUGUUCCGCAUAGACCAGGUGCCCCAGGUGUUCCAUGAGCAAGGCAUCCUCUUCGGCUACCGGCACCCACAGAGUUCCGCCACUGCCUGCAUCCUAAGCCUUUUCCAGAUGACCAAUGAGACCCUCAACAUCUGGACUCACUUGCUGCCCUUCUGGUUCUUCGUGUGGAGGUUUGCAACUGCGCUCUACGUGACUGACAUCCCCAAUGACAGCUACUCGUGGCCCAUGCUUGUGUACAUGUGCACCAGCUGUGUGUACCCCCUCGCGUCCAGCUGCGCACACACCUUCAGCUCCAUGUCCAGGAACGCCCGGCACAUCUGCUACUUCCUGGACUACGGCGCCGUCAACCUCUUCAGCCUGGGCUCUGCCAUCGCCUACUCUGCAUAUGCGUUCCCCGACGCGCUGGUGCGCACCGGCUUCCACGAUUACUUUGUGGCCAUGGCUGUGCUGAACAGCGUCCUUAGCACCGGCCUCUCCUGCUACUCCAGGUUUCUUGAGAUCCAGAAGCCAGGACUCUGCAAGUUGCUUCGCAUCCUCGCCUUUGCAUACCCCUACACCUGGGACUCCCUGCCCAUCUUCUACAGGCUCUUCCUGUUCCCAGGGGAGAGCGGCCAGAACGAAGCCACCCUGUACCACCAGAAGCACAUGAUCAUGACGCUCCUGGCCUCUUUCCUGUACUCGGCACACCUGCCCGAGCGCCUGGCCCCGGGCCGCUUUGACUACAUCGGUCACAGCCACCAGCUGUUCCACGUGUGUGUGAUCCUGGCCACGCACAUGCAGAUGGAAGCCAUACUCCUGGACAAGACGUUGCGGAAGGAGUGGCUGCUGGCCGCCGCCAGGCCCUUGUCUUUCCCCCAGAUAGCCGGAGCCGUGCUUCUCUGCGUCAUCUUCAGCCUCAGCAACAUAAUUUAUUUCUCAGCUGCUCUGUAUCGGAUUCCUGAGCCAGAAAUACAUAAAAAAGAAACAUGAUUCCGGCCCCAAGCGCUUCCGGCCUGCUGUCACCGCUCGGCCACAACACCCUGCCCACGGUGCUGGCCGCCGGUGGCCCAUAGUCCUCAUACCGACGGGCGCACGGCAACAAAGUAUUGCACUGGGGAAGCUCCUCUCGAUUUGUACUGCUGCUCUAUGUGUGAUUUGAACGGGGACCACGGGUCAAGCAGGUUGGGUGAAGGCCAGUGGGUGCUGUCUCCUUCAGUUCAGAAUCUGUCGAGGGUGGGGUUUUCAAGUCUGUUGGCGCAGUUGGAGGAAGAAGCAAUGUGCCUUGUAGCUUUGCAUCAUUCUUCAAAAAUAGUCUGCUCCAGGUGCCGGAUCUCAUGAAGCACAGUCCCAGGAGCCCCCACCAGGCCUGGCAACUCCUCUGGGAGGGGAGAAAGGCCUCUGGGAAGACGUGAGGAGAAGCUGGGUCCAUGGGAACCCCAGGGCGUGGAGGACCCUCCAGCAGGAGGAGGCCCGCUCUGGGGGAGGAAUUCUCUUCCCUUGCCAGCCUGGGGGAGGGUGUACAGAAGGAAGGGCCUCUCUUCCCACAAGGCCAUUCUCACCUCCAAGGGCAGGUUCCCCUGUCCAUACGGGUUUGGGGUUUGUACGGUGUGUGUUUGUUUGUGGCUUUUUAAAUGCCCACAGCCUGCUGCUGGGUGGCAGGUGUUCUGUUUUGCUGUUUUCGUUGCUGGGUUGAUCUGCCCAGACUGUGCAGUGCAGGUAAACCGUGCUGGACGUGAGAGCUGGCUGAGUCCGCCCCACGUGGCCCUGCUUGGCCAGUGAGGGGUGGGCUCCGUAGAGGAGACAGGCCGUGGAGCAGACCCCUCAGACGAUUCCAGUGCGAGGGGCGCAAGGGCCAAGCUUGAAGACAUGCAGGUCACGCACUCCAGCAGCACUGGGCCUGUCCCUGUCAGCGUUGCUUCCCUUGCUGUCGAUUUCAGCGAUCCCCUAGCCCCCCC